AAACAAAUCUCUCUCUCACACAGUCUCUCUCUGUCUCUUUGAGAAAUUUGAACCUCUGUGACAGGAAAAAAAAAAGGUUUUUGGAGAAAUGUCGAGGAUGAGAUCUUCUUACCUGAAACCACCGCUUCCCAAAUCGCCAAUCCGUCUCCGAUCACGCCAGGUUAACUCUUCUUCAUCUCUGCAAACACCACCAGGUCUGACGAAAUUCCAGAAGUCGGUACAACGAUUGAGCGGUGCAGAUCUGGAAUCGAAACUCCCGAUCGAAUACUCGUCAAUCUCGAGCGAGAUACACGCGCUAGCGAAGAUGGUCGAGAAAGAGUUUGCUGAAGAAGAGGAUCUAAAGUCGAGAGCUGCUGGUUCGAAUCUGGAAAAUUUGGCUGCAAACUCGGUUCCAGUGUUCGAGAGAGGGAGGUUCUACGAGGAGUACUCGGCCAAGAGGAACGAGCGAUUGAGGCGGAAGAGAGGAGGAGGAGAUGUUGCUUUGGAGGGAUUAGUCAAAGCAACUCCUUACAAUCUCGGAGUCAACCAUGAGCCAAUGACCACCAAGAGAAGAGGAGGAACAACCUCCAAGAAGAAGGCUGUUUCCAUGGUUGAGACUACGCCGAGGUAUUCUUUGAGGAGCAUGACUAAGGAGAACAGGAAGCCUCCGCUUCCUUUGAACGUGACUGUGAGUGCGAUGAAAACUGUCACUACUAGAAAGGGUAGGAGAAUCUGAUUCUGGGUUUGAUUUACUGUAAGAAAUCGAAAUUUGGGGUUUUGAUUUCUUCAACAGUAUUGUUCUGCUUGCGGAUUUGAUAUAAAAUCCAUGAAAGUUCUUUGUUUUGUAUUGACAUUUACCAACCGAUAUACAUUCAGAUAAGCUUAUCUAAUAAAUUCAUUUUAAAAA